UAUAUAUAAAUCCACUCGUCCGUCCGUCGACGACUCCGCAUCUCUUCGGAGGAUCUCGUCUUUUCUUCAUCGUUAAGCUCUAACCGAGUAACUGCGAAAUUCGUUUCAUCUAAUUGGAAUUUUCUACACUUGCCUUUUUUUCCCACCUUCCCCUUCCCCUUUUUCUUCAUCUUCUCCGUCGUCGUCGUCGUCUUCUCUUUCUCCUGUAUUUGGUUCCCCCCUUCCCUGUUUGCGAUAACUUUGCCCGCCCCUAAAUUUCCUCGCCAGGACAAAUUUCUAAAUAGAUUGCAUGUUGCAAGAAGAGUCUCCAUCCGAGGGUUGUUCUUAGCUGGUGGUUCUUGGAUUUCAGAGAAUGGCUGGCCAUCAUGCGAAAUAUGACGAUAUGGAAGAGUCUUCUGGAUUAAUGAUGGAGAACCAUCGAACAUGUUCUGCGAGGGCGGGGAAGGGGAAACGAUUGUGGAAGAAGGUGAAGUACCAGCUGGUUGAGUACCACUGCUUGCCGGGUUACUUGAGAGACAAUGAAUACAUUCUAGGUCAUUACCGAUCAGAAUGGCCCUUGAAGCAGGCGUUGCUCAGUAUCUUUAGCAUUCAUAAUGAAACUCUGAAUGUUUGGACGCAUUUGAUUGGAUUCUUCCUAUUUCUGGCAUUGACCAUAUACACUGCCGUGAAAGUGCCAAAGAUUGUUGAUCUUCAUUCUCUUCAGCAUUUUCAUGGCAUUGUGAAGAAGGCCGAUCUGCACAAAUUACAAGAAGAACUUCUGAAGUGCCUCCCCUCAUUGCCCUCAAUGGAUAUGCUUCCAUCACUUUCAAGCUGGCAUGUAAAGGAACUUCUGUAUAACUGUUUGCCAGAACGAUUUUCCAGUGGCAAUCAUACUGAUGGGUGUGUUCUGAAUAGUGUGAAGGAGGACUUAGCUGACAUAAUUGCACCAUUGAUGAUGGGACCAAUCACAAGGUGGCCAUUUUUUGCAUUUUUAGGAGGUGCCAUGUUUUGCUUGCUGGCUAGCAGUGUAUGUCACCUCCUCUCUUGUCACUCAGAGCGCAUGGCAUACAUCAUGCUCAGGCUUGACUAUGCUGGAAUUGCAGCCCUGAUAUCCACCUCCUUCUACCCUCCAGUAUACUACUCUUUUAUGUGCAAUCCCUUAUUCUGCAAUCUCUACUUGGCAUUUAUAACACUACUGGGUAUCGCCACCAUCUUGUUUUCUCUCCUUCCAGUGUUCCAAAACCCAGAAUUCCGCACUAUCCGAGCAUCCCUCUUCUUCGGCAUGGGUCUGUCUGGUGUAGCACCAAUUCUACACAAGCUUUAUUUGUUCUGGGGUGAACCUGAGGUGUUCCACACGACAGGGUAUGAGAUUUUGAUGGGCGCUCUCUAUGGGAUUGGAGCGCUUGUUUAUGCUACAAGGAUCCCGGAACGUUGGAAGCCUGGGAAAUUUGACAUUGCUGGGCAUAGCCACCAAUUAUUUCAUAUAUUAGUGGUAGCUGGUGCAUACACUCACUAUCGUGCAGGAUUGGUUUAUCUCAGGUGGCGUGACCUUCGAGGCUGUUGAUUCUGCAAGCUUCUAUGCAUAUGACGAUCGAUGCUAGGGGCUAGCUGAUAGGUACAAUUUGAUCAAUAAUAAUGCAGAAUUUGCAUCUUUAACAGAUGUAAAUUUAUGAUAUAGGCUUGUUCGUGGGGGGGGGGGGGGUUAGGUAUCCCCGGAAUGCGCAUAUUCUAUUCUCUAUGCACAUUAUAUAUUCGCAUGAGCAAGUCAGUAAUGCAAAAAUUUAUAGCGUCGAUAAUAUUUGGUCCGAUCAAGGAGCAACAUGUACUUCGGUGGCUUUUUGUUUGUCUUCUUGUCUGAAAGGCCGGGUAUGUUAAGCUUUAACGCUAAUUUAUUGAUCAUAGGACCUGAUUUUGAUA